UUUGGCGCGAAAACAUCCACAAGGCCAUGGUUCUCGUGAUAUUAGAUGGUCGUGGUGGGAUGUGGUUUCGAUAAUUUUCCAGGAAUUCAUUGGACGCACGAGCGACUUGAUGUAGACUUAUCUCUGUGAUAUGCUCGUGCCGAUCAGUUUUUCAUAUUCAACGGAGACAUAUCAAAAACACUUCCUCAAUUCUUCCACACCACUUCCAAAGUCACAUUUAGUUUUCCCGAAUGUAUUGCCUUACUCUGAAAAGGUGGCAGUAAUGUUUAAUGGUCUACAGACUGCACCGUCUUUGAAAUGUGCCAAUCCGAUGCCACAAAUUGGCCAUCCAUUCAUUAUCGGAGGUCCUGUUUUAGCAGUUGGCAAAUCAACUUUUUCUCCUGCUGGGUAUGGGAAUUCACAGAGGCUCGAAAAUGGGUUCGUUUUUCAACCCAAUCUGACCCGAAAAGUGUACAUGCCCGAAAAGUGUACAUGCCCGAAAAGUCUUUGGGAUUCGGUGCUUUUGGUGUUGUGUGGUUGGUUGUUGAUCCACGAACAGGCGACCAGGUUGCUCUUAAGAGAAUCCCCAACAUUUUUGAAAGCGUUGUGUCUGCUAAGCGAGCGUACAGAGAAUUAAAAUUGUUGUUCUCUUUAAAACAUUUAAAUAUUGUCCGCUUGAUUGAUGUCGUAAAAGUCAGCAGUUCCUCUUUGUUCAGUGAAGUCUCCUUUCUUUGCGAAUAUAUGGAUACUGAUCUGCACAAAAUAAUCGUGUCCACUCAAUAUUUGUCGCUAGAGCAUGUCAAACUUUUUGUCUAUCAGAUACUAAGAGGUUUAAAAUAUCUUCAUUCUGCUGGUGUUAUUCAUCGGGACCUAAAACCAGGGAACCUCUUGGUUAAUUCUGACUGUUUAUUAAAGAUUUGCGACUUCGGUCUUGCUCGUUCAGUGCCAUCUUUUGGUGUAGAAAGAUCUUGUAAUCCACUAACCCUUGAAGUUGUGACUCAAUUCUAUAGACCACCAGAACUACUUCUAGGUUCGAAUUUUUAUACAGCUGCCGUCGAUCAGUGGAGCGUUGGCUGCAUACUUGGAGAGCUUCUUUGUCGUCAAAUUUUAUUUCAAUCUUCCAGCUCAUUUCGUCAAUUGGAUAUGAUAUUUAAUCUACUAGGAUCACCUAAUGCAAUGGAAUUAAUUGAAUUAGUUGGUUUUCCGUCAUCUAGCAUAGAUUUUAUUCGUAAUUGUCCUGUACGACCAUUUAAUCAUGUUGCUGUUUCAAGAAUACUCGUUCCGGCUAAUACUCAUUAUUUUCAGUCACCGACAGAAAAUCCACCUGAUCCUAAUUUAAUUAAUUUGUUUACAGGACUUCUAAGUUUUAGUUCAUCGAAGCGGUUAACUGCUGAACAAGCGCUAGAUUCACCAUUCUUAGUUGGAGGUAGAGCUAGAUUUCAUACUUGUCUGUGCUGUUGUUGUCCACCACGUAAUCAAAGUUCAAUAAUGAACGAUUCACCUACCCACUGGAGUAAUGUGGCGAAACAAGUAAAUCAUCAUCUUUUAGCUGUUGGUUCAGUGGGUACUCUGUCAUCAUCUGGUGGUACACUACCAUCUUCACUUCGUUCAUCCAUGCUAUCACAAAGUAGAGAUAUAACGUUGCGCAUCCCUUUAUUUUUGUCACCUCAUCUAAUGAUACCAACUUCUCUUAUACGGUAUAGUUGUAUUAAUUUGGAACCAACCUUUCAAGAUGUACAUGAAUACACUUAUUUAAAUACUGAAAUAGAAGUGAAUAACUUGUUUGAAGCUAAACAAAUAUUAUGGAAUCUAAUUCAGCAAUAUUUCCAAAGAGAUCCUAAUCGUACCCGAGUUGUGAUAAACAAUUCUUCGCCUAAUUUUCAAUCAUUUAUAAAUCUAGGCUGGAUGUCAUGCAGUGUGCUGAAGCUCAUUUCAAAUCAAAGAAUUCAAAAGCCGUUUUCAUCUCAUUACAAUUUUCUGUUUGUCUAAGUAAGCCGCUAAUUUUAGAAUCCAGUUUCUCUGAAUUCAGUUUAUUACUCGCAAAUAUAUAUAUUUUUUACUAAUCAGCAAACAUUCUUCAAAAUUAAUUGAUAAUUUAUGACAUCAUCUUAUUUCUAUCAGUUUUUAGUUUCUUGGUAACCAGAUACACCUACACGACGUUAACCCUCGAAAUGCCUACUUUUAUCACUGAUAAAAGCUGGAAAGUCACAGUUUAUAGUCAACUUGGUAUGUUUAGCUGAAUCCUGUAUUUUUAACAAAUUUAACGUCUGGACGUUUGUGAUUAGGUUGUAGUUUUUUAAAAAGGUAGUUUAUUAACUAGUUUGUGUGAAUAAUUGUAAUUAUUUCCCAUGGAACUUUAAGCUCUACUCUUAGAAUUAACUAGAGAACUACUUAGUUUUUUGCUAUAUAUUUCAUCAUUGAUACUAUAGUCAAAUUCGCUAUUUUAUACUAGCCUCCGAUAAGUUAGUUGGCUGGACUGUAAUUUUAUGGAGAAACCAAUCAGAUCUAGAGUGUGUUCUUUUGGGUUUCUGCGCAAAAUUCAACUACUCAUAUGGUUCGUAAAACGUUUACUCUAAUUCCUAAUCAUAGCUCCUUAUUUGAAGUAUCCAUAACAAUGGAGCUCAGUAAUUUUUAAGCAUCCAUAAUUAGAAACAACAUUCAACAAGUAUCUCUUUUCAAUUACCUUGUUAUCAAGCUUUAAUAGCACCUCUACAAUAAAUAAACGUCAUAUUUAAAUAUAUUUCUAAAAUCUAGUAAAUCAUACGAUAUUGUUCUUGUAUUUCCACAUGAACUCCAGCACUUCAACCCUACUGUGCUAGAUUGUAGAUAUAUUAACACAGUCAAUUCAUAACAACGUAAUAACCUGAAAUAAUAAACAAUUAGAUAUUUGAGCGAACUUGGAUUUAAUUUGGCUUGUUGUAGUGCUGUUUGAUCACUGGUUAAUAAUAAGAUACUAGUUAUUGCAUCAAAUGCAGUGAAUUUUCUUUACCUGAAAGGGGUAAACAAACCAUCACAGAUUGGAAAAAAAUCUCACUGAAUUUGUGUAAAACUCAAAUGAUAAUGGGUUUGAACAUCUCGCUCAUACGUGGAUCGGUCAAAAUACAUAAACUUGUUUAACCGUUACUUCAUGUUGUGGAUAUGUUUAAUUGAAUCGAAUACUAGAUCAGUCAAUGGUUGGAACUAGUUAGAAGGCAAGUGUAUGUUCGUAUUCCUUAUAUCAUAAGCCUUAUUUCCGAUUUGUCGGUUACAGUAUCCCACACUGACAGCCACUUUUGGUUUGAUCUUGUAUAAUUAUUAUUCAUUUUGUAGUAUGAUGAUACCUGGUUUGCGGAAGCUGAUAUUGUGUUCUGGUCUUGGCAAGUUUUAAUUCUGAGUACCAAUAAGGACUCAGAGUUGACUCUUGGCUGUUUGUGCUGCUGUCCAUCCACUAAUAUACAGAAGAUAAUACCUUGAUACGAUAGGCUGAGUGGUUUAUUCUUGAGGUUAGCAACGCGUGAGUUCGAAGUUAGACUAACUGCAUUGGGCAGAAAGAUGAAAACUACUCUAUCACUUGGUUGCUUGGCAAACGCGCGUGAAGGAGAAGAUGAGACAACUGGGACGCUACUGGACUUGUUCCCGAUUCAGAUUAGUGUAAAAAGGUACAUGAAUAAAUAGGUGACUAACAUGACCACAAUGCAAAAGCAAUUAGGGAAAUACAAUUACGUCCAAAACUGGGGAUUAAGGCAGAAAAAUAGAUUAGCAAAAGCUGCGUUUAUAUCACAAUAACUUAGGAACAAAAAUGGAUAUUUCAGUGAAUCAUGCUUCAAACGGAAACUUAUGGUUUGUUUAAUAAGCUAGAAACAAAAUUAAAUAUUGGUGUUUUAGGAGCUUUGAAUUAAGUAAAAUAACGUACCCGUUGUUUGUUAUGGCUUCUCUGUUCACAUCAUUAGCUCAUUAUUGGUUCAGCGUGGGGACAAGGUCAUGUAAGUCUGUGUUCUGAUUGGCGAUCUUGUCACGUGAUAUUUAACGGGCCAUUAGUCAUAACAAUUUAGUGACGGGAAUUUCGCGG